AUGGCACCCCCCUCUCCUCGACGUUCUUCACGAGCCCGAGGCAACACCGUCUCUCAAUCACAGCAAUCUUCAACAACGUCGAGUCUUUCGAGUCGGGGCGAAAGGGCCACCAGAUCCCUCAACAAGACCUCUUCCGCUAAAUCCACCCCGAGCGCUUCCCUCUCCUCCGAGCCGCCCGAAGACCUGGACGAAGCCCUUCCUUUGCGACGCAGAACUCGCGCCCAAGAGGACAUCCGCGACAAGGCUCGCGUCGACCCAUACGAUAUGGCUAUCGGAAGCGACGAUGUGCAAGAGGACGACGAGUCCGUACGAUGCGUCUGCGGCUUCGACGAAUACCCGGGGCCUCCACCUUUUGAGGAGGACUCCAAGCACGGGAAGCACAAUCCGGAGCCAGGCUUUUUCGCUAGCAUCGAGUUGUCAGAUGAGGUCUCUGGGCUGUUUGUCCAGUGCGACGUCUGCAAAGUGUGGCAACACGGUGCUUGCGUUGGGAUUUUCACUGAAGAAAGUUCUCCUGACGAAUACUUUUGUGAGAAAUGUCGAAAGGACUUACACAAGAUUCAUGCGGCUAGCAAUGGGCAACGGUAUUCCAAUUACCUUCCUCUCAACCGCCCGUCGCGUUCUACAUCUCGGGCCGCGUCGCUAGUCAAGGAUGGCACCCGGUCACCCAAGGAAACAAGUAAGAAUGGUCGUGCUUCGUCUGCGGCCCAGGCCUCGAAGAGAAGGUCGACGAUGAACAGCCGGGACGCUGCAUACGACGAAGACGAGCAGCUGCGACGCGCCAUUGAAGCCAGCAAAGAAGAAACCGUCCCGGAAGCAACGGAGCUUGGCUCAAGACGAGCAAAGCGAGGUCGCAGUGGUAGCGAGGAGUAA